AUCCUCAACGCUCAGAUGUAGUCAUUGAGGAAAACAUGGCGUCGCCAGCAGCAGCAGCAGCAGCAGAGCCGAACACAAACAUCCCAGACUAUGAGUACACUGAUGUUAACACCAAAGUCUUUCACAUCGGCUCCUUCAGAGACGAGUGGCUGAACAGACUGAAGCCCAGUGAGUACUCCUACCAGGAGGAGGACGAGGACACGUUUGAUGCUGACUUCUCCAGAGAGAUGGGGAUCAGCAGUGAGACGCUGACUGACGUCAAGUCCAUCUGCAGUCUCGAUUCCCUUCGUUGCCAUCCUGAGGAUGAGCAGCCUGAUACAGACGUUGUUCCUCCAGAUGCAACGCUGAAGACGCUAGUACAAAGAAAAAGGAGACAGGAUCACAGAGCGACUCUAAAAGUCAGCAAGAAUAGACACGACCUCUACGCUGAUGAACUGGGGCGUUUGACUAUCGGUAGGAAACCAGAGUCAGUAGCUGACUUGGUCCCUGAAGGAGAACUCAUUCUAACCAUCAACGUCUACUACCCGGCUACUUUUGAGAAAUUUUGCUACGUCAGACCCCACAUAAGUGUGCUGAUGACGGGCUCCCACAGCUUGGCAGAGCUCAGGGACGCCAUCUGCUGUGUCAGCGACUUGCAAGUGUGCGGAGAGUUCAGCAACACGCCGGACAUGGCUCCAGAAUUCAUCAGCAAAGAUCAUUACAAGUCGGCUUUCUUUUACUUUGAAGGAGUUUUCUAUAACGACAUGCGAUACCCUGAGUGUCAGGACAUCAGCAUGACUACCAUUGAAUGGGCAAAGUCUCGUAACUUCCCGUCCUACAGCCAGGCCAAGAUGGAGGACACACAGUUCAUGGAUCUGAAAGUGAAAGUGGGCUUCCCGUACCUCUACUGUCAUCAGGGAGACUGCGAACAUCUCGUCAUCAUCACAGACGUCAGACUGACCCAUAAGAACGACUGCCUGGACAAGAAGCUGUAUCCACUCCUCACACACAAGCACAGGGUCGCCACCCAGAAGUGUGCCGUCUGCCAUGUCUUCAUUGGAAGAUGGUUUACUACCAACGACCAGUUUGCUCCGAGCGACCCGUGUCUCUUCUGCGACAAGUGCUUCCGGAUGCUGCACUACGACGCCAAAGGCAACAAGGUGGGGGAUUUCCUGGCCUUUCCCUUUGUGGACCGUGGUGCAUUUAACUAGCCCUUUUCUUUGGAUCAGAUCACUGAUUUAGUUCUGUAUAAUACAGUUAAAGGUUUUAUAUUUCAGAGAGAAAUGUUUUGACAUUUGAGAAAUGUUUUGACAUUUGGGAAAUGUACAUUUUGUUUAAAAGAAACAGUUUUUGGACAAUUAUGUUGUCUUGUUUGAAAUAAACGGUAACAUUUACUGGAAAAUGUGCUUUACUGAGCUGUGAAUUUCUUCAUGUGAAAGCUUGUUUGCAUUGUUUAAUUUGUAAAUUCAUUAAAAACUUAUAUGUAAUCAUUA